CGGCGACGGCGCCACUAGCCGACGGCGGCGCUGUCGCUGCGCCAUCAACGGCAGCGGCCCCGGCAACGGCCCCGGCAACACAGCAGGCAGCAGCCACCGCCAGCAAACGACAAGCUACUCCUGCCGCCGCGCCGCCGGCAGGUGGGGCAGCGGAGGCGUCGACGGCGGCGGCAGCGGAGGCGGUGCCGACUGUAGCAGCAAGCACCAGCGCCGGCGGCCUACUGUCUCGCCCUGCUGCCAACGGCGGUGAGGCGAGUACCGCGGCAGGGGCUCCCGCAGCGGCGGCAGCUGCAGCGAAUAGGGCGGCGGAGUCCACGAAUGCUGCCGGCGGCGGCGGUGGCGGCGGUGGUGGUGGUGGUUCUUCUGUUGCAGCCGGUAAGAGACUGGCGGCGAGUGCGACAGCAGCAGCGGCGGUGGGCGGCGGCAGGGAUCCAUCGUCUGCCGCUGCGGGGCCUUCCGGCAGUGGCGGCGGAGGCGCGUGUGGCUCAUCAGGCAUGGCUCAGGACUUGGCGGCGGCUCUGGCGGCCUACCCCAAGAUACACAAGUUGCUUGCGUCCCUCAAGUCCACCCGGGUGCCCAAGACCGCCCUCGUGGUGCUGCACGAGUACGCAGCAAAGAUGUCGUACGAGGUGAUGUACAACGAUACCUGUGAGGGGGCCGCGGGUCCGUACACGGUGGAGGCCCGGCUCACCUCGGGCGGCUCCUCGCCUGCACUGAUCGCGACAGCUACAGCCAAGGCCCGCACCAAGAAGGACGCCAAGCAUGUUGCCGCUGCUGCGUGUCUGGAGCAGCUGAUGGAGGGGCCGCGGGGGCUGACUGCACAG